GCACCAUCAAAAUAUGUAAGUAUCGAAUGUGUUAUCUUCGAAGCGGUGCUGUUAACGUAUUAAUGUAACGAGUUUUCAAGGUCUCGGUAGCUGUAGUCCCCAAUAGAGGUUCAUUCAGUUACUGUGAAUUUGUGAACGAGUGAAUCGGUAUUAAGUCUAGUCUAAAAAUGAUUCGUUCUGCUUUUCCUCUCAGCUUGAAUCUGCUAAAAAGAAAUUAUUCCAAUGUGGCGCCGACGACGAAACUUUUCAUAGACGGGCAAUUCCUGGAUUCACAAGCCACAGACUGGGUCGACCUGUACGAUCCCGCCACAAACAAUUUAGUCACAAAAGUACCAAAAUGCACCCACAAAGAAAUGGAAACCGCCGUGGAAUCCAGCAGAAACGCCUUCCAAUCAUGGAGCAAAACAUCUGUACUAACGAGGCAACAGCUCAUGCUCAAACUCCAGGCUGUGAUCAGAAGAGACAUCAAGAAACUCGCUCAAAAUAUCACUUUAGAACAAGGAAAAACGCUGGCCGAUGCCGAGGGCGAUGUAAUGAGAGGAUUGCAGGUGGUUGAACACAGUUGCUCAGCUGGAACGCUUUUGCUCGGCGAAACGCUACAAAACAUCUCCAAAGACAUGGACAUUACAGCCUACAAACUACCUCUGGGAGUCACCGCUGGCAUUUGCCCCUUCAAUUUCCCAGCCAUGAUACCGCUUUGGAUGUUUCCCAUGGCGCUAAUCGCGGGCAAUACUAUGGUGUUAAAGCCCUCUGAAAAGGACCCCGGAGCGACUAUGCUAAUCAUGGAGCUCUUAAACGAAAUCGGUUGUCCUCCCGGUGUAGUAAACGUAAUUCACGGUACACACGAAGCUGUUAAUUUCAUAUGUGAUAACAAAGACAUCCGCGCCAUCAGCUUCGUCGGAUCCGAUCAGGCGGGGAAAUACAUUUACUCCAGAGGCGCCGCCAACGGGAAGCGAGUCCAAUCGAACAUGGCGGCCAAAAAUCACGCUGUAGUCCUGCCGGACGCCAACAAAAACGCUACCUUAGACCAAAUAGCGGGCGCCGCGUUCGGAGCCGCCGGUCAAAGGUGCAUGGCGCUCAGCGUCGCCGUUCUAGUAGGCGAAGCCAAGAACUGGAUUCCCGAUUUGGUGGAGAAAGCCAAGAAAUUGAAGGUUACCGCCGGCCACGAACCCGGAGCCGACUUGGGACCUGUUAUCUCCAAAGAAUCCAAACAGAGGAUCUUGCAACUCGUCGAAUCCGGAAUUAAAGAGGGUGCCAAAUGUCCGCUGGACGGAAGGAACAUAAAAGUAGAAAAAUACCCGAACGGCAACUUCGUAGGCCCGACGAUCUUGACCGACGUUUCGCCCAGCCACACUUGCUACAAAGAGGAGAUCUUCGGGCCGGUCUUGUGCGUGAUGACGGCCGACACCUUGGAGGAAGCCAUCGAUCUGAUCAAUUCGAACCCUUACGGGAACGGCACCGCCGUGUUCACCACCAACGGCAGCCACGCCCGGCAAUUCGUCAACGAAAUCGACGUCGGCCAAGUCGGCGUCAACGUGCCCAUUCCGGUGCCGCUGCCCAUGUUCAGCUUCACCGGCUCCAGGGGCAGCUUCCACGGCGACCUGCAUUUCUACGGCAAGCAGGGCCUCAAUUUCUACACGCAAACCAAAACGGUCACGUCGCUGUGGAGGAAAGGGGACGCCGCCAAAACGGCGCCGUCGGUCUCCAUGCCUGUACACAACUGAAAGUUUUGUAUGAAAUUAAGAGAUAUAUUUCAUUAUUGUAAAUAAUAUUAAUAUACACGAAUAUUUUUUAUUACAUUUAAUCUAAGAAAAUUGGAGGAAUCUAUAAUAAAUACGUUGACAUAAACAUA